AUGCUUCCUUUCAUCCCACGCCUCCUCCUCUUCCUCCUCCUGGCCGGCCCAGCCCUCCUGACCCCGUCGACCUCCAAAGAGCUACAGUUAAGGGGUCAAAGGACACCAAGGGACACCAAGCAGGACUCCUUCAAGAAGCCAGUGAAGGUGGUCAUCUCAGAGGGCUGUGCCACUCAGGGUGAUGCAUCUGAUGGGAGUAAAGGAGGUAAAGAAAUUGACCUGGCACCUGGUUCUCCUCUGGUUCUGACCCAUAAGAUCAAACUGGUUCCCUCAGAUUUGGCGUCUGGGUCUGGAUCUUGUGGAUGCGACGCCGACUUUGCUCCACUGCGGGAGCGGCUGGAGAGGCUGGAGAGGGAGGUGUCAGCCCUCCGGGAGACGUGUGGAGGGGCUGAAGGAAACUGCUGCAGCUCAAACGAAAGCAAAGGUGCAGGAUGCUCCAUCAAACCAGAGACCAAGGAGUGCCCCAGUGAGUGCAGUGAUCAGGGUCGCUGCGAGGAUGGCAAGUGCGUCUGCUUUCCUGGAUUCACCGGGCCAGACUGCAGCCAGUCCAACUGUCCCGGGGACUGCAGCAACAACGGGAAGUGUGUGAAUGUUCAGUGCGUGUGCGAUCCUGGUUUCACCGGUCCUGACUGCUCCCUGAGAUCCUGCCCCGAUAACUGCAACAAUCAAGGCAGGUGUGUGAACGGCAAGUGUGUGUGCAACAGUGGCUUCACAGGUCCCAGCUGCUCUGAUGAAUCCUGUCCCGGAAACUGCAAAAAAAGAGGGGUCUGUGUUAACGGACAGUGCGUGUGCAAACCUGGUUUCACCGGUCAUGACUGCUCCCUGAGAUCCUGCCCCGAUAACUGCAACAAUCAAGGCAGGUGUGUGAACGGCAAGUGUGUGUGCAACAGUGGUUUCACAGGUCCCAGCUGCUCUGAUGAAUCCUGUCCUGGAAACUGCAAAAAAAGAGGGGUCUGUGUUAACGGGCAGUGCGUGUGCAAUCCUGGUUUCACCGGUCAUGACUGCUCCCUGAGAUCCUGCCCCGAUAACUGCAACAAUCAAGGCAGGUGUGUUAAUGGUAAAUGCACAUGUGACAGCGGAUUCACAGGUGACGACUGCUCUGAAAACACCUGCCCCAACAACUGCAACAACAGAGGGCGCUGUGUUAACGGACAAUGUGUCUGUGAGGAUGGAUUCACUGGUGCAGACUGCAGUGUUAAAGGCUGCCCCAACAACUGCAACAACAGGGGGCGCUGCUUCAGAGGGAGCUGCACGUGUCGUCGGGGGUUCACAGGACCAGACUGUAGCCAGUGUCAGGAGGGGAUGACUGGGCCCAACUGUGAUGUUGUCAUGUCUGGUGUUUCCCGGCUGAGCACUCAGGACAUCACAGACACGUCAGUCGCUUUGGUUUGGACUCCGCCUCCUGUCCAGUAUGAGACCUACUACAUCACCUUCACCAGCCAGAAGGAGAGCGACCAGCAGAUAACUGCGCAGGUGGAAGGCGGCCUGACCACCUACACCCAGACGGGCCUGGCGGCCGGUCAGGAUUACAGGGUCGGCAUCGUGGGAGAGAUCGAUGGCAGGAGAGGAGGCGAGAGCACCGCUGAAUUCAUGACACUCAUUUCUGGUCCCACCAACCUCAGAGUUGUCAAGAUGUCGUCCACGUCUGCGGUAGUCCAAUGGGAGCCCACAGUGGGGGAGAUUGACAGGUACCGUCUCACCAUAACGCCAAAUGAUGGAGCAGGGAGGAGUCAAGAAAUGACCAUCCCAGCUGACCAGAACUCCGCACAGAUCCAGCAGCUGGAGGCCGGGCGUUUGUAUGACAUCCUGCUCGUGGCAGAGAAAGGCACGAGCAGGAGCGCUCCAGAGACCACCCAGGUAGUCCCUGGAAAGAUAUUACCAAGAUUUCCCACUGCAGCUUCCCCUCCAUAUAUUUCCAAAGAGUCCACUUUGACUACCCAGGCCUCCCUAGCACCUAACCAAGAUGUUAGCAGCAUACACCAAGACUUGAACCCAUCAGCUGAGGGACAAAUAUUUGACCAGCGUGAGAAGACAGAAGAUGUGAGCAAGGCUAACUCUGAUGUCCAGGACAAAGACUCCUCAACUCCUAUAAUAAUUGCCAGAACUAAACCUCUGGUCAAUAAAAUGUUGUCAAUAAAUGGCACCAGCCCCAAACCCAUUGGAAAGUCCAUAUUGCCAAGGAAGCAACUGCAUUUCAAUGCAACAAGAGUUGUGCCCAGAAGGAGACCUUUUAAAAAAGUCUUGGAGAAGAAAAACCUUAAACCAGGUGUCCCCAUCAUUAGACAGUCUGUGUCAGACCCGAGUAUAGAGGCAUCCAGCUCUGACAGAGUUGACAAAAAUAAAGCUAUGCUGCCUGGAACAGAUUCAGAAACAAAGAUCCAAAGUAGCUCAGAGGAAUCAACGGCUGCUGUUGACUUAAAAGGGCCACCGCAUGUUGGCAUUGCAGGCCAUGGAAAUGACACUGGUCUCGUUUCUCCAGAACCAAGCAAGUACAAAAACUUUGUUGUGACGAGAAAAGAAGCCGGAAAAGAGGAGGACACAGAGCCAAAAGAAAAAGAGCAAGACUACCAAGAUUCUGGCAAAGAGGGAGGCAGGGAAGAAGAGAAGAAGAAUCAUACGCCUAACAGGGACACCAUUUCCAGAAAUGUAGCUCGGUCCUUCCGGUUUGAGGAUCUGCCCCCACAGACUGAGUACACCUUGACCUUACUGGGAAAGGGCCCUGGCGUUCUGUCCAGACUGCACAAGCUUGUCAUCAGUACAGGACCCGAGCCUCCCUCUAACAUAGUCUUCAGUAAGGUGACGGAAAACUCUGUGACGGUGUCGUGGACCAAACCAAAGAGUAACGUCAGCGGUUUCAAAGUCACAUAUACCCAUGCAGAGGAUGGCGAGCCGGUGUCGGUGUCUCUGGACUCAAAGGACUCCACCGUGGGUUUAUCCAAGCUCUCACCUGGUUCUUCUUACGAGGUCACCGUCAUCUCCACCCUCGGACUGGACGAGAGCGAUCCAGUGAAAGACUUUGUCAUGACGCUCCCCGACCCGCCGACACACCUGCGUGCCGUAAACGUCACCGACUCCACCGCCUUGUUAUUGUGGCGUCCAGCGCUGGCAGCCGUUGAUAAGUAUUCCAUUGUCUACGGCGCGGGCACAGGUUCAGAGGUGAAGGUCACGGUGUCCGGAAACGCAGCAGAGCAGCAGCUCAGCGGUCUGGAGGGAUCCACCACCUACACCGUCACUGUAACCAGCCAGCUGGGCAGCCAGGAGAGCUCGCCGGCCACCACCAGCUUCACCACCACCGGCGGCUCGGGGAAAGUUGGGGAAGGUCCGCAAGACCUCCAGGCGAGCAACGUGACUCCACGCACUGCCACGUUGUCAUGGAAACCUCCAUCAAAGCCUGUUGGUAACUACAGACUGAGCUAUCAGGCUAAAGACAAAGAAAUGAAGGAGGUCAUUGUGGACGGCUCGUUAACGCAGUACAACCUGACUAGACUCCAUCCUGGAUCCACGUAUACGCUGCAGCUCCAGGCCGAAGGAGGAGGACAGUACACAUCCGCCAUCUCCACAGAGUUCACCACCGGAACCCUGCGGUACCCGUUCCCCGCUGACUGCUCUCAGGAGCUGCUGAACGGCAUCAUGACUUCAGGCGAGGCAGAGAUUUUCCCUCAAGGCAGACACGGGACGCCAGUGACAGUUUCCUGCGACAUGGAGACAGACGGUGGCGGCUGGACGGUCUUCCAGCGGAGGAAGGACGGCUCCGAGAAUUUCUUCAGACGCUGGAACGAGUACGUGGAAGGAUUCGGGGAUGUGAAUGGAGAGUUUUGGCUCGGACUCGCAAGUAUCCACAACCUCACAGCGAUGAGCAGGAUGAGCCUGCGGGUCGACCUGCGAGACGGCGACGAGUCGGUGUUCGCUCGGUACUCGACGUUCGAGGUGGCCAAGAGGAACUACAAACUGACUGUGGGAGGAUACAGCGGCACCGCAGGUGACUCUCUCAGUUACCACAACAACCGGAUCUUUUCCACCAAAGACCGGGACCUGGCGCCCUUCGUCACCCGCUGCGCCAUGUCUUAUCGAGGAGGAUGGUGGUACAAGAACUGCCACGAGGCGAACCUCAACGGCCUCUACGGCGUCAACACCAAACACCAGGGUGUGAUCUGGACCGCCUGGAAAGGAAAAGACUUUUCUAUCCCGUUCACUGAGAUGAAGAUGAGACCGGCAGCCUUCAGGCCUCCGUCCCGAGGAUGA